UUGUUACAUGUAUAUAGGGGCGGAACACAGUAGAACAAAGCGUCAGAGAUUUCAUUUACUUUUUAAUUGGACAAACAGUCUUGAUUGUCUGCGUAAUCAUGAAUGUAUGGGGGAAUGUACUGGUGAUUUUAUACUUCGAAUCUCUAUACGGAUUCGUCGAGAGUGCAAUUGACUACGACGAGAGAGAAGCAUGCUCUCGAGGCGGCUUUGUUCGGUUAGAAGACUCCUUCCAAGGUACAAUCAAAAGCCCCUCUUUCCCGACCCAGCUCAGACAAGGCGAUUCGCGCACAAUCGAAUGCACGUGGCUAAUCCCUUUGUUGCCAGGGCAACGACUCAGCAUUACCUUUGACUAUUACAGUCUUCAGUCUACAUUUAACUGUGCAAUGAGUCAUUUAUAUAUCCUGGUCAAAGAAGGAUACAGGCAGUUCCAGCUCCUUAAUGUGUGUCACGAAAAUGUCGUGAAGUCUGGAAAACGGUUAGAGUACCGAGGCAAGACACCUCUGCCAUCCACCAUUUUGGUAAUUUUUCGCACACAAAGAAACGUAACAUCCCGUGAGAAGUUCGGAUUUUCAUUUCAAUAUAAAAUAUUCGUACCCUGCACACCACUGCUAUCUCCAACAAAUGGACGACUUAGUGUACACAAUUCUACUGCAACACUGGUCUGUGAUGACGGCUAUGUUUUGAAGCAAGGGGAAGGAAAUACAACAAUUCAGACAAUAACAUGCCAACACACAGGCCUUUGGAGCGAGGCAUUAGACGAAUGCAUCAGAAGCACCGGGAAAUCUGGACAUUCCUUAGGACAUAGCUCUAUAACACCCAGUGUAUACCGGAGCGUCUCGACGGCCCCUGUGAGUAGUAUUGCCAAUGCAUCAACAACUAGAUCUCCAGAUGUAUCACAUUCUUCAACUGGUCAUUCCUCUGCCACACUGCCCAAUGUAACAGUGUCAGCCUUCACUGUUGUUGCCGGGGAUAAUGAUUCCAAUACGACAACUACAACUGUGGUGAUUCAGUCCAAACAGCCAGCGACAUCAACAGCCACAGCACGCACAACUGGAAGAGAUACAGUCGUUGUGCUGGUCGUAGUAGUAGCCGUACUGGUGAGCAUUUUAGUUACAGUGGCGACCGCUUACAAGCUGUCUAAAAGGUUUUCCAAACGAUGCUUCUCGCACAGGCAGGAAGGAAACGCAAGGGAAAUGACAGGGUAUUCAAAUUUUUCAAACAUUGACGUAAUUCAAGAAUGCGGAGGAUCCCCCUGCGAUACAAAAGACAAAGUUAUCACUGAGAACUCCACAUUGCCGAACACGUAUACGAUAGAGUCACGUUCAGAAUAACUCGAUUUGUUAUCUACUACGUAAAAUCUGCAUCGUACAUCAAGGUUGUCAGACCCAGUUCUUAACUAACAAAUGUUUUGAUUGGGAGGCGACUGCAAUCAGUCGAUGCACACCAUUUUAAUGUGAAAACAUAUCAUCAACAAUC